AGACGGUCUAUGGAGCCAGUUGGUGCUGGUGGCGGCGUGGAGGCAGGAGACGGUGUCCGAGUAGGGGCCUCUGCCCCACCAGGAUGUUACCGGGCUUGGCCGCCGCCACUGCGGCCCACAGAUGUAGUUGGUCCUCCCUGUGCCGGCUCCGUCUGCGCUGCAGGGCGGCGGCCCGCGGCUCCCGCGAGCUCCAGGAAUGGCAGAAUUUAGUGACAUUUGGAAGCUUCUCAAAAAUAGUUCCCUGUAGUCACUCAUACUUUUGUGCACCGAGUCAAGUAAAGCUGUACUCAACAAAUGUUCAGAAAGAAGCGCAGGGAUCAAAACCUCUCACAGUGGACAAAAUACCAUCAUUUGAUGAAGCAGCAGAAAAUAUGGGUGCAGAAUUCAAAGCUCCACUUACUAAGCAAGAGACUCUCCAAGUAAGAGUCAAAGCAGUCCUUAAGAAGAGGGAGUAUGGACCAAAGUAUACUCAGAAUAAUUUCAUCACUGGAGUGAGAGCAAUUAAUGAGUUCUGCCUUAAAUCCAGUGAUCUGGAACAACUUCGAAAAAUCAGACAACGAAGUCCCCAUGAAGAUACUGAGUCCUUUACUGUGUACUUGAGAUCAGAUGUGGAGGCAAAAUCUUUGGAAGUUUGGGGAAGCCCUGAAGCCCUUGCCAGAGAGAAAAAACUGCGUAAGGAAGCAGAAAUAGAAUAUAGAGAAAGACUAUUUAGAAACCAAAAAAUAUUAAGAGAAUAUAGAGACUUCUUGGGAAACACCAAGCCACGUUCCAGAUUGAGAUCAGUUUUUCUUAAGGGGCCAGGAAAAGUGGUGAUGGUUGCCAUUUGCAUCAAUGGAUUAAAUUGCUUCUUUAAAUUUCUUGCUUGGAUUUAUACGGGUUCAGCAAGUAUGUUCUCUGAAGCUAUACACUCUUUAUCUGAUACUUGUAAUCAGGGUUUACUAGCAUUGGGCAUCAGUAAGUCUGUUCAAACACCAGAUCCUACUCAUCCGUAUGGAUUUUCAAAUAUGCGCUACAUUGCUUCACUAAUAAGUGGCGUUGGUAUUUUCAUGAUGGGUGCAGGAUUAUCUUGGUACCAUGGAAUUAUGGGUUUGCUUAAUCCUCAACCAAUGGAAUCUCUGCUCUGGGCAUAUUGUAUUUUAGCAGGAUCACUGGUAUCUGAAGGAGCAACACUUCUUGUUGCUGUAAAUGAACUUCGUAGGAGUGCUCAGGCCAAGGGAAUGUCAUUUUACAAGUAUGUAAUGGAAAGUCGUGAUCCUAGUACAAAUGUUAUAUUAUUGGAGGAUACUGCAGCAGUCUUGGGAGUGACAAUAGCAGCCACUUGUAUGGGCCUUACUUCUAUGACAGGCAAUCCACUGUAUGACAGCCUAGGUUCUUUGGGUGUGGGCACCUUAUUAGGUGUGGUCUCAGCAUUCCUCAUCUACACUAACACAGAAGCACUGUUAGGACGAUCCAUCCAGCCAGAACAAGUACAGCGGCUUACUGAACUCCUGGAGAACGACCCAUCAGUAAGGGCAAUUCAUGAUGUUAAAACCACAGAUUUGGGACUAGGCAAAGUAAGAUUUAAGGCAGAAGUAGAUUUUGAUGGAAGAGUUGUUACAAGAUCAUAUUUGGAAAAACAAGAUUUUGACCAAAUGCUACAGGAAAUUCAAGAAGUGAAAACUCCUGAAGAACUAGAGACCUUUAUGCUUAAACAUGGAGAAAAUAUUAUUGAUACUUUAGGAGCUGAAGUAGAUAGACUUGAGAAGGAACUAAAAAAACGAAAUCCCGAAGUUCGCCACGUUGAUUUGGAGAUAUUAUAGAUUUGAUGGAAUGAAUCACUUUGGAGGGAGCCUUGGAAUCAAGUUUGUUGAGCCUUCUCUCCCACACUGAGGGAGUCAACACCAUUCAGAAGCCUUUUUUUGAAGAUGAAGGAAAUACUUUAUGUCAAGGGCAAUUCAACAAUCCACAGAACUAAAACUACUUCUAAGAGACACAUUGCAAGUCGAAUCAGUUUGGAAAUCAUGUUUUUAUGUUUUAGUAGGAAACAUUUUAGUCAACUUAAGUUGAUCAUAAUUUCUCAUUUUGGCCUGUCAGAGUAUAUUGUACCUUACAAUCAUGUUUCCUUUCUUCACAUUGGUAAAAUAAGCAGCAUCAGUACAGUUAUGAUUUUUUAUUUUGUUUCUACUGAAGACUUCACUCCAUCAAAACCUGCCAAUCUGAAACAUGCUGGCUAAAUCUUGGUUUGUGGUUUUUAAAUAGUCACUCCGUUUCAGUCUGUCUUUCUUUAUAGAAUGUGGAAAUUAUUUCUACACACCUUGUAAUUUUGCCCUGAGCACUAAGAGGAACACUCUCCUAACCGAGUAAUCCAUAAAUGUUCAUUCCAGAAUUGGUUUAGUUACUGAAUAUUAAAGAAAGGAGUUUAAAUACAGCCUUUGGGGUCAUAGUAGUUGCCGUUUUGUCAAGUUUCUUAUCUCUUCUUUGCUUUUUUUCUUAUUUGGCUUAAUUUUUCUGAUGGUAAAAGAUAUAAAACAACCGUAGAUGUUUCCAUGGGUCAUUGUAAUUACUAGUUUUUUUGUUUUUAACUGGCUUCAGUGCCAUCAAGUGUAUUUACUAGGACAUAAUGCAUUUAUAAGUAUUUUGACAUUCUGUAAAAUGGGCUAGAAAUAUUUAUAAUUUUAUGACAGGUUAGCAUUUUAUUUUUAAUUUAUUUAAAAUAGGCACUACUUAUGUAAAUCUGAACUGGGAUAAGUCUUGCUUUAAGAGAGAGGGAAAGAAGUCAAUCUCUGAUGCAGAAGCUUGUGGCCAUGGUUUUGUAUACUAUCAUGGUGAUAUGUCUGCAACAUGGGUUUCUUGCAGUUACAUAUGGGUAUUUAGCAUAAUACAUGGCUAUAACAUUAGGUCAGUAGUUUUCUAAUGAUCAUAAGGUAUCAAAGUGAAAAAAUAUACAAUUCAGUAAUUAAAAAUUUAGUGUACAACUACAGCUCUGUCUCCAGUCAUCAGAACAACUCAUAUGCACUGUUAAUUGUUCAGGUAGCACUCAUUGUCCAUGCUCAGUGAUCUCUUUGCUGGGUAAGUGAAUGCUUGACUGACAUAAGGACCUAACCACCAGUAUGAGGUCAGUGUCUAAAGCUUUCUUAGACUGAAGUUUAUGAACUACAGCAAAUUAUAAUGCUGGAAACAAAAAGAUAACAUUUGAUUACAGUGUUUAUAAUGAUAAUUUUUGAUCCAGAAAUGUCAUUUACCUAAA